AAGGAGCAGUGUCUUUGGCUCUCGAGUGUCACAAACUUCCAAAUGUGCUUGGAUGCUGGAAUGAGCAACAAACUGGAUAGAGGGAAGCAUUGGAUGAUAAUUACUAAAGAAAUAUAACUUUUUCAUCUUCAAUACAUUUUCUAAUAAUGCAAGCAACCAUGGCAAAACAGGAUGUCAUCAUGCAGACCAAGACACCAUUUGAUAAUAUUUUCCUGUGUGUAGCUACAGAUUUCCACAGUAUGAGCAACGUUGGUUUUUCGGCUACACGGGGGAUCAGCUCCAGCGGACCUGAUAAGGUCGACAUGUCUUUAGAUGAUAUAAUUCGUUUGAACAAGAAAGAGCAACAAGCAAGGAGGCCAGUCCCGGGGAACCGCAGGCCACUACAGAAGGGGAAGGUCUUUGUCCAAGGGAAGCCAGUUGGAGCGAGGACCAGGGGACAGACUCAAAGACGAGGUGGUGUACCAAGAGGUGCGAUAACGAGAGCAGGUUUUGGAAGAGGCCGAAAGAUUCCCCCUCCGGUUGGUCGACGCCGGGGUCAAGGGGUUAUCACUGGACUUGCAGCCCGGAAGACUGCAGCACUACAGAAAGGCAUCAGUCCGCUCAACCGACCUGCUAUCAACCGGAAGUUACAGCCCUUCAACAACCAAUCACGGCCCUUCAACAACCAAUCACGGCCCUUCUACAACCAAUCACGGCCCUUCAACAACCAAUCACGGCCUUUUAUCCAACCAGCCCAAUACAGACAGGUGCAAGGCCAAAGGAGGCCCUACAGACAGACAGACGUACAGAGACGCCUCGACUCGACGAGACCCUUUCAGCAGCGGAGACGGCCCUUGCCCCCUGUCCAAACCCAGAGAGAAGCCCGCCAGGCCACGUUUCUCUCCCGCAGGGGCCUCAAGAUUCACGCCCAGGUCCCGAAGCCGACUUUAACCUCUAUAUCCCCUGCCCCAGUUAGAACCCGCCAGUGGCGCACGUCAACAAACAGCAGUGGGAUCCUGACCGUUUCCAUCGACAACCCCACUGCCAUGACACAGUCUGAGCCUCCUUGUGCUUGGUCCCUGCACCCCUCGGCCCCCACCAGCUCUGCCCCAGUCAAGAUAAAGGUGGAAGAGGAGAAGAAAACGGAACCACCUAAAGGAGUCCCCUUGCAGUUUGACAUUAACAGUGUGGGGAAACCGACCAUUUCCGGAGACCUUCUCCCUUACCUCACCUCGCUCAUCAACUCAUCCCUGACCGCUGGCUACGUCCCUUCCGUCCUCAAGAGAGCGAGAGUUGCACCCUUUCUGAAAAAACCUACACUCGAUCCCUCCGAUGUCAACAACUACAGACCAGUAUCCCUUCUUUCUUUUCUCUCCAAAACUCUUGAACGUGCCGUCCUUGGCCAGCUCUCCCGCUAUCUCUCUCAGAAUGACCUUCUUGAUCCAAAUCAGUCAGGUUUCAAGACUAGUCAUUCAACUGAGACUGCUCUUCUCUGUAUCACGGAGGCGCUCCGCACUGCUAAAGCUAACUCUCUCUCCUCUGCUCUCAUCCUUCUAGACCUAUCGGCUGCCUUCGAUACUGUGAACCAUCAGAUCCUCCUCUCCACCCUCUCCGAGUUGGGCAUCUCCGGCGCGGCCCACGCUUGGAUUGCGUCCUACCUGACAGGUCGCUCCUACCAGGUGGCGUGGCGAGAAUCUGUCUCCUCACCACGCGCUCUCACCACGCGCUCUCUGCUCUGUUCUAGGCCCUCUCCUAUUCUCGCUAUACACCAAGUCACUUGGCUCUGUCAUAACCUCACAUGGUCUCUCCUAUCAUUGCUAUGCAUACGACACACAAUUAAUCUUCUCCUUUCCCCCUUCUGAUGACCAGGUGGCGA